AUGUUUGGGUUCAAUGUGAACAAGCUCAAGCCGAACCUGACUAUGGCCGUGCACCGCAUCGGCAUUGUCAAGAACAAGAAAGCCAACGCAGCGUUGGUGCAACGCCGUGAAGUGGCACGACUUCUGCGUGAAGGAAAAGAGGAGAAAGCGCGCAUUCGGGUGGAAGGCAUUAUACGUGACGACUUGAUGAUCGAAGGCUACGAGAUCUUGGAGCUACUGUGUGAUCUCCUGGCCGAGCGAGCUAAUCUCAUCAAGACGGAAUUUGACUGUCCGCAUGACAUGCGCGAGGCCGUGUGCACGCUCAUGUGGGCCGCCAACCGCACGGACGUCCCUGAGCUGGCCGAAGUGAAGCGUCAGCUCACGAGAAAGUACGGACAGGACUUUGAAGCAGCAGCGAGUCGCAAUGUCGACGGCUGUGUGAAUGGGCGCGUGAUGCAGAAGCUCAGCGUGCACCCGCCGAGUGCGUUCCUCGUAGUCAACUACAUGAAGGAGAUUGCGAGAGAGUUUCACGUGGACUGGGCACCAAAGGAAGCUCAGGUGAUAGCGGCGGACCCUUUGGCACCAAUCCCAGUGCCUGCGGGCGCUUUCGACACGAAUGGUACAAGAGUCUCAGGAUCCGACUUUUCGGCUCUACAUGCUUCGGUACGAUCCGUUGCACGACGACGUUCUUCGUGCCAAGGCGUUGGCGCGCCUAGCAGCUGUAUGGGGGGUGGGGUGGGGGGGAAGUAUACUAACUACCAGGUGGCUAUUCUCCAGGGCUCUUCUGUGUCUGGCGCCAGUGCAUCUCACGGACCUCGCGCUCCUUCUGGCCCUUCCGACACGGGCGCGACUGAUGACACCGCCGCCUCAUUGCUGUCGUCGCGGCGGACAGUGCAAAGCUACACGAACCAGCCGACGCACUACUUUUCCACGCGAUCGUCGCAGCCGGUGUCGAUCGACCAAUUAGAUGACGACGAGGACGAAUCCAUCGACCCGAUGCAACCGGCACCAGUGCGCUCCAUCGAAGAAUUGCCUCUUCCACCGUCAUAUCCUGUUCCUACUGCUACUACUACCGCUACUGCUUCACUUGCAGCUGUGCCUAUGCCACCGCCAAGCAGCGGAGGUAUCCCCGAUUUCGACGAACUCACAGCCCGCUUUGAGCGCCUUCGCAAGCGUCAAGACCGCCAUGACCAGGGCAACAUGUCGUUUACGUUUUAA